AACAGCUGAUUACAAUCUAUCAGUGAUGUGUCAAAGCAAACCUCCAUAAAAAUUAAAUUGUAUUAAAAAAUAUAAAAGUAAUCGAGUAAAUAAUGCAAGAUUGAACAAGUUUUAAGUUAAUUGCGUGUAAAUAGGUCAUAUGCGAAAUAAUAGGUGUACGAAAAUAUCAACAUGAAGCAAUCGACAUCGCCCACACCCUCUGUGGUGUCCAGUUAUGUAGCUUCUAGGGGCCAGUCGCCUCUACCACCACCGGUCAACUAUAAGAAGAACUGUCUAUCGGCUACAACAAAAAGCUACAAAUACUUGAGGAGACUUUUAAAAUUCAAUCAGAUGGACUUUGAGUUUGCACUAUGGCAAAUGAUUUAUCUGUUUAUAGCACCACAAAAAGUCUACAGAAAUUUCAAUUAUAGAAAGCAGACAAAAUCACAAUUUGCGAGAGACGAUCCCGCAUUUCUAGUUUUAUUCCUGGUCUGUUUAUGCGUUACUUCUCUGGGAUUUGCCUGGGUAUUAGGCUUGAAUGUUUGGCAAAGUAUCUCAUUCAUUUUCUAUGUAGUUUUUGUGGACUGCAUUUUUGCGGGUAUUGUGGUGGCCACAUUUUUAUGGUUGGUUACCAAUCGAUAUCUACGAACCAGUAACUUAGAACCCGAUGUGGAGUGGGGCUACGCAUUUGAUGUGCACUUAAAUGCCUUCUUUCCGCCACUCAUGCUCUUGCACUUCAUUCAGUUAUUCUUUUACAAUUGGUUGAUUAGCAAACCGUGGUUCUUAUCGAAUUUUUUAGGCAACACAUUUUGGCUGCUGGCCUUGUGCUACUAUGUUUAUAUAACAUUUCUGGGAUAUAAUUGUAUUCCACACUUAAAGAAUACACGCCUGAUUCUCAUUCCUCUGCCCAUUAUCUUUCUUUUGUAUUUAAUCACUUUAAUUAUUAGUUGGAAUGUUACCGUAGCCUUCAUAGAUUUCUAUAAGUAUCGUGUGUAUUAAAGUAACGUUUUCUACAGACACAAAGAAAAAUGUAA